AUCUGCAGGGGUUGUUGAUCUCUGUCGUAUUUGUGUAUACUUUUUCGUCGUAUUUCGAACUUUUGCCUUCAUAGAAAAAUGAGUUCUCUAGUGGAAUCUUCCUUAGAUAAUGGGGACAAUGAAGAAUCUCCAGAAAAAAGUUUAUGGCUCAAUGCUCACCAGGAUCCAGUUGCACACCUCUACACCUUUUCCACAUCAAUUUCCCUAGCAGACCUGAAUGCCGACUCUGACCACAAACUCCUUGUGGCUGACCUAGGCACAGGAACAUUUGACAUGAAGCUGAAGGUUUUUAAGGGAACUAGUCUGUUUAUGGAGAGUGCUAUCAUUGAUCUGCCAACAGCUCUGGUAACAUUUUACAUGGACACAAACGAUCCACGCACUCCUGCUGUUGCGGUUGCUUCAGGGCCUUUUAUCUAUGUCUAUAAGAACUUGAGGCCUUAUUUUAAGUUCACCCUACCAGCUCUGGAAGUCAAUGCUGUGGAGCAAGAUCUCUGGAACCAGGCUAAAGAAGACAAGAUCGACAUUCAUGUGCUCAGGGAGAUGUUGGAGAGUUUAAAGAAUGAAGGAAGCGAAGGUUUGCUUACUGUGCGGUCACUGAAACUACUCUCCCUUGAGCCAGAAGAGGUUGAAGCUUUUGCAAGUGUUCACAAGCAUGCACCGCUGAAGAGGCAAACAGUGAUUACUUGCAUGGGAACAAUGAAAAAGAGUGUGGCAGAUGAAGAUGCUGUGAGCUGUUUGGUGAUUGGAACGGAGAGUAAGGAUGUCUUUGUUCUUGAUCCUGAAGCUUUCACUGUCCUUGCAAGAAUGAACCUCCCAAGUGUACCAGUAUUCAUCUCAGUCAAUGGUUUAUUUGACGUAGAAUUCCGCAUUGUAGUUGCAUGCCGAGAUGGUAAAGUGUACACCUUAAAGAGGGGUAGUAAGAUGGCCAAGGCAUGCAUUGAACUUGGAGCCCAAGCAGUCGGUUUGGAGCGCACUGGAAAGAGUAUUAUUGUGGGGUGUAUGGACAACACACUGGUUUGUUACUCCACCAAAGGGAAAAAGCUGUGGACAGUGUACCUCCCUUCUAGUAUCACUACCAUGAAUCUCAUGGAUCACAAAGCAAGGGGCUUUAAGGCUGUCAUGGUAGCCCUGAAAAAUGGUGAAGUUAGGAUCUACAAGGAGAAGUAUGUCGUCAAUACAAUAAAAAUGCCAGAUGCAGUCACAGCUAUGAAGUUUGGUCGGUUUGGCCGUGAGGACAGUGCCUUAAUUCUCAUCACCAAAAGUGGAGGCCUGUAUGUGAAAAUCUUGAAGAGAACUGCCAACUUUGAAGGCAAGGAUUUGACUCCUGGACCACCUCAGGCACAAUCCAUCAAGCUCAAUGUUCCUAAGAAGACAAAGCUUUUUGUGGAUCAGACAUUGCGUGAGCGUGACAGUGCUGGGAGCAUGCAUAGAAUGUUCCAACAUGAUCUUUACCUCCUGCGCCUCAUGGCUGCAAGGGCAUAUGUUAGUGCACUUCAGAAAAGUUUGAACCCAAUUUCCUCCUCUACUACAGAACCUCUGAAGCUUUCAGCUCAAGUUCAGGGAAUUGGGCCUGCAUUCAAGCUGACUGUGAAUCUUCAGAACAUUUCAUCAAGUGUGCCAUCCACCAACCUACUCAUCACUUUCCAGUUUGACGACUCCCUGUACGCUCUUUCUAAGCCUUGCAUUACGGUUCCUCUGCUUGUGCCAGGACUAAUGUACACUUAUGAAACUCUUGUGGAAUGUAUCAGUGAUAAAGGGAUUUCAGAUUCCAUCAAAGUGUUUGUUUUGCAUCAAGGAAAUAGCAUUCCUGUCAUCACUGCUGUCAUUAACAUGCCUGUAAGUGAGGCUCUGGUUAUUGUGUAGCCACAAAAACUACAGUUAAGUUCAGUGACAUUAUUAUUUAUUUAGAAAUCAAAAAAAUUGGUUUGUAAAGUUAUUUGUAAAUUCAUGUAAGACCAUAAUUGAUGUACUGUUCUAUGCAUGCUCUCUUUAAAGGACACUUACUGUUUGGCCAUAAAUUCAGGUAAAAUCAAGACUGUGGUCCAGCAGCACUCAGUGGCCCCUGGCACCAUACUUUUGCUCUCAGGAGACUCCGGAAUAUUAGUUUUUUCGUACAAAGCAUGUACUGGGCCCCCUGUAUUUCACAGUUUCUGGGCUCCAUUCAAUUUUCCUUUAGAGCACAGCCUUGAAAGUGACAAAAUUUAAAAAAAAAAUUGUAGUUUGACAUUGGCGUGAAACUCCUUUUGUGUACACUUAGCACACUAACACCAGUAUGCAUAUUCUUCAUACUGGUAUCUAUACAAUUCAUAAGGUGUAUAAGGACAAGGAGAAUUUUUCUAACAAGCAAGGGCUUCCUUUGUUGGUAAUUAUUUCCUUUAUUCUCCUGAUUUAGGGGCAAAAAUGUGCAAAUAAAUUAGAUGCUAGUCACAAUUAGGGGUCAAAGUGUCAAUUAUCAUUAUUUAUAGAUCCACAUCAGAAGUCACAACAAUGUGAGACCAAUUAUAUUUCACUACAGUGGCACCGUUUACUUAUUCCAAAGGCCUUAUAUACUCAAUGUGUAGUUCUGUCUCCACUGUGCAAGUGCUGUUUCAGUAAGCCUCUAUGAUUAGUGUAAAGCUAGGACAUGCAACACAACCUAAGAAGUACUUGGAGCUUAUUAAUUACAUAGUGACGACAUAAAUUCUUAUUUGAAGUAAGGGAAGUACUGCUUAGAGAAUAACUGGCAGCUAUUGAUAGUCAAGUUACUAAGGACCCCUAUGGUAGAGUACUUGUGUAUCUAACCUACAUGUGUUGUAAUUGCUGAUUAGAUUUGUCAUCUGUCUGUAGAUGAAAUAUGAUCAGAGAGGGAAAUAAAACAAUUCUGAAUGAUAAAG